UGUUUAAGCGACGCGUGGCAGUUGGAAGUAGGGGUGAGAAAGUGGCGCGAAACGCCAUAGGAAUAUCUGGCCACCGGCGCCAAGGUCACUUCAAAUAAUAUUUUUAGGGUUUCCGAAUUGUUUGACGAGAAGCCCAAAAGAAAAUUUCAGGUCAGAGAGGGUUUAUUUGUUCGAAUUGGGAAAAGGAAGGGGGCGAGGAUUUCAAGGAAUGGCUUCUUCACGGCCAUCAAAGCGAAGGCGACAAGAUCAGACCGAAGACCAUCAUACAGAUGACACAGAAUCACCGCCAGAGUCAAAGUUGACCCUGGAAAAAUCAUCCCCUGUGGUGGUCUUCGCUCAUGGCGCUGGUGCUCCCUCGUCUUCUGAUUGGAUGAUCAGAUGGACGAAAAUGUUAAAGAAAGCGUUAAAUGCCGUUGAAGUAGUGACAUUUGACUACCCUUAUAUAUCUGGGGGAAAAAGAAGGGCUCCACCUAAAGCAGACAAAUUGGUAGAUUUCCACUCAGAUAUUGUUAAAAAUGCAGUUUCCAAAUAUCCUGGGCACCCUCUGAUUUUGGCAGGGAAAUCAAUGGGUUCAAGAGUCAGCUGCAUGGUGGCUGGCAGGGAAGACAUUGCUGCUUCAUUAAUUGUUUGCCUAGGAUACCCACUUAAGGGGAUGAAUGGAGCAGUGAGAGAUGAAACCUUGUUGCAACUUACAGUUCCUGUGAUGUUUGUCCAGGGUAGCAAAGAUGGUCUCUGUCCUUUGGAAAAAAUGGAAGCUGUUCGCAAGAAAAUGAAGGCAAUGAGUGAGUUGCAUGUGAUUGAUGGUGGUGAUCACUCAUUUAAGAUCUCAAAAAAGCACCUGCAGACUAAGGGAUCAACCCAAGAUGAAGCUGAAGAUGCAGCUGUUCAGGCCACUGCAUCAUUUGUUUCCAGGUCUCUCACAGGAAGGUGAUUCCUUUUGCUACAGACAAGCUUGCCUCAUUUUUGUGUAAGUUUUGUUUUAAAGCCUAGAGGCUUGACCUAGAAGUCCCAAUGGAGGGUUAACCGGUUAAGGCCCAAGGUUCAAAUAUGCCCUUUUUCACUUGGCCUUACUGUUGUAGCAAAGUUUUGUUUUAUCAGGCUGUGUAGUCGACUGUUCAUGUCUCUUGUAAAUGGUAGUGAAGUUGUGUUAUAUGUCUUAAACUAAUCUGCUACAAAUGGUAGUCAAGACGUGGCUUCUUAUAUGGAAAUGAAUUGUUCUUCAAAUGCCAAACUUGGAUAUCUGGAUUGCCAGUCAAAUGAGUCUGGAUGAAGGAAUCUUUAAUAGGAACGGAGUAAGUCGGAUUCCUUCA